AUGAAUCCAAGCAAAAGCAAGAAUCAGCUCAGACGGGCGAAGAAAAAAGCACAGAAGGCCGAGGUCAGUAUGAAACCCACCAUAUCAUUCAAUUGCGCGUUUGAUAGGAAUCUCACAAAUUUGAAGGCCUCCUUGCCCACCGAGAAACAGGAAUCUCCAAAGUCACUCCCUCCCAUUCCCACUCCAGAGGACGCGCCAGCCAACCCUAGCCAUGACUUGCUUCUGGAACCGAGUGAUCCUCUAUGGGAGAUGUACAAGGAUGUUGCUGGGAAGUUCGAUGAAACGACGACAGACAGCCUGCCCAAGGAGUCUGAGAAACCCGAGGUCUUUUUCGAUGACGGCGAUGAGAUUCCCGACGAAGACCAAGAAGCCGAACCCAAAAUCUCCAAGAAGAAGCGCAAGGAGAUGAACAAACUUUCAGUGGCUGAGUUGAAGGCAAUGGUUCGCAAACCCGAAAUUGUUGAAUGGACAGACACGUCUGCGCCCGACCCUCGACUUUUGAUCCACAUUAAGGCACAUCGCAACGUGGUUCCAGUCCCCGCUCACUGGUCGCUCAAACGAGAGUAUUUGUCCUCCAAACGAGGAGUGGAGAAAGCACCAUUCGCGUUGCCAAAGUUUAUCCAGGAAACCGGAAUCUCGGAGAUGCGCGAUGCCGCGCUAGAGAAACAGGAGCAGUCUUCCUUGAAACAGAAACAAAGAGAGAGGGUCCAACCCAAGAUGGGCAAGUUGGAUAUUGAUUACCAAAAGCUCUACGAGGCAUUUUUCCGAUGUCAGACCAAACCGGAACUGACUCGUUAUGGGGAGAUUUACUACGAAGGGAAAGAGUACGAGACAAACCUCAAGCACCUCCGUCCCGGCGAAAUUAGCGACGAACUGAGGGAAGCCUUGGGCAUGGCCCCCGGAGGACCUCCACCCUGGCUCGUCAACCAGCAACGAUUCGGCCCUCCGACAUCAUACCCUGCCCUGAAGAUACCAGGUCUCAAUGUACCACCCCCAGCCGGCGCGCAGUGGGGAUACCACCCGGGUGGAUAUGGAAAACCACCAGUGGAUGAACACAAUCGUCCCUUGUGGGGUGGUGAUCUGUUCGGUGUCGUAAUAGCUGGACAGAACGCGCAGCAAGGAGAGCCAGUCGAAAAGGAUCUGUGGGGCGAACUGCAAGAAUCGGAGGAAUCCGAAGCGGAGAGUGAAGAGGAGGAGGAGGAAGACGAAGAGGAUGAGGACGAGGAUGAGAGUACAGAUCCCCGCUCUCCCGGUGGCCCGGAAGCUCCCCGUGCCAUGGACCCGGUAGCACCACCUGAGUUCCUCGGCGCCGAAAAUGUCUCCGGGGAAUUUGACGUUCGCAAGCCCCACCGGGGAACCGAAACAGAAGAAUAUGGACAGCCUCGAAGUGCAUACCAAGUGAUACCAGAAAGACAAACACACGUUGAAGGAUUCUUCGGUGGUGAUAGGGCAUACGAUUUGAGUGGGUCGGCACCUAAACACCCGGUUCUUGGAGCGGAUGACCAGAACCGCAAGCGCAAGAAGCCCGGGGAUGUUGAGGUUUCCGUCGACCUGGAUGCCAUUCAAUCUGGCGAUGGAAUCAGCAAAGAGAAUCUCCAGAACAUGUACGAGGCACAGAGACAACAGCAGAACCAGCCGAGUUGGGGAUUCCAGGAAGACCUCAGUGAUAUGAUCGCACAGGAGAGCCGCAAGAGAUUGCGCAAGGAAGAAGAGCGACGAACCAAGCCUUGA